GGGAUGCAGUGGGCGCUUGACAGGCUCACUGCAUACUCAGGGGCCUGCGGCUUCGGCGCUGUGUUUGGGACGCACCUGUCUUCGUCCCAGCCCUGUAUCUGCCACUGCGAUUUUGGGCCAGAUCGCGGGCUCCCGGACGUCAUCCAGGGGCAGCUGGGCCGCUGCACAGCGGCGGGGCUUGCGCCGGCGCCCGCGCGGCUGAGCCCGGAGGCUGGCUGGGCGGCAGCGUGGCGCUGGCUGCUCACGGGGCUGGUGCUCGGGGUCAUAGCUGGAGUUCUCGUCGGAAGAUACCUCGCGCUCGCUGUUGUUGGACGGCUUGGCUGGCACGGAGGCGGCGGCAGGGCCAUCAGCGACAGGCCCGAGACGCAUCCUAUUGUGCCAGGCGCAGAG